AUGGUAUCACCAGCAGAAGAACGCUCUGCUACAAUGGAGGAGAACUCGGAGAUACACCCUGUCGUGCAGCAGCCAGCUGCUUCGCGCUGGAGACGAGUCUUCGGAAGAAAGACUGAAGAAGAGCCCGAGUCUAGCGAGGAUCAGACCUAUCGCGCCAAAUCAACGCUGGGAAUCCUAAGUGACAAAGAGACAGAUGAAGUUCCUGGAACGGUGCUUCUGUUAUCAUCAAAUCGCAAUGAGCCUCUGGGAAUGAGACAUCAGCCGCAUCGGACAUCGACAUCAUCUAUAUCCUCGUCGUAUCGUCCCUCGCGAUCUAAUUCUCGAACCCGGUCAACGAUUCCAACGCAGAAGAGAACAGCGGACGGACAAUUUGUGCUUGACCCCCAACCGGAUGACUCCGUAAAUGACCCUCUGAACUGGCCUGUGUGGCAACGAGACACCGCAUUGGUCUCACUAGGCUUCUAUUGUUUGAUGGGAGGCGGCAUGACCCCCAUUUUGGCAGCUGGGUUUAACAAUGUUGCAACCGAGUACAAUGUCAGCACGCAACAAGUGGCUUUCACUACGGGGUUCUAUAUGCUAGGCCUGGGCUUGGGGUCUGUCGUGAUGUCGCCCACAGCCAUCCUAUAUGGGAAACGACCGGUCUAUCUCUUGGGAGCAACCCUGUUCGUCAUCUCGGCAAUUUGGUGCGCAGCGUCACCGAACUACCCAAGUCUCGUGGUCGCUCGUAUUUUCCAAGGAUUCGCCGUGAGCCCAGUUGAGUGUCUUCCCUCUGCUACCAUCGCAGAGAUCUACUUCUUGCACGAAAGAGCCUAUCGAGUGGGCAUAUAUACACUCUUGCUACUAGGUGGAAAGAAUCUGAUCCCCCUAGUGAGUGCCGCCAUCAUCGAAGGCCUGAGCUGGCGCUGGGUAUUUUGGAUCGUCGCCAUGAUUGUAGGCAUGUGUCUAGUCUUGCUCUUUUUCUUCGUCCCCGAAACCUUUUGGGACCGCACACCCCGUCCCCGUGUGCACAAGAAUAAGAGCCCGCGUAUCACUGGUCACAGCGUCUCUGACCUCAUUUCCAACGGGUUCCGUGGGCGGCGCCCUCAUGUCCAAACCCAGGACGAGUCUGUCGACCAGGCCCAUGCAGAUCCAGCACUGGCACCGAAGAAACCCAAGCACACGCAUGUUGGGUUCGCGGAUGACCACCCAGAAGACGGAAACCAGGCAGCCGAGACUGAAAAGUCCGAUUUCAUUUCCGAGGCUGGCAAUGCUACCAAUGGCGAUCAAAUCACCACUCAACCGCCGACUCCAGCUAAUGAGAAAGGCGAUGACUUCCUCCAACCACUACCUCACGCUCUUGUACCCGGCGCACACCCAGAUGACCUGGAGACAGGUCGACCGGCCGCCAUGUCGCCCGCGAGGACCGAGUCACUAGAGCCAGCCGGGACACUGCCCGCAACCCUACAAUACACAAACCGACUUCGUGAACGCCCGAAGAUCCCAUUCUCCCAAUUACUUCGAGUGUGGAACGGACGAAUCGCGCAGGAUAGCUGGUUCCGAGUCGCCGUGCGACCAUUUGUUCUAUUCGCCUAUCCAUCUGUGCUCUGGUCAACAGUGGUAUACUCACUAUCGGUUGGCUGGCUGAUCGUGCUUUCGGAGUCGGUUGCACACAUUUUCGAGGGCAAAGAGCACUACCAUUUCACCGCGCUGCAGACAGGUCUGGUCUACAUAUCGCCGUUUGUUGGCGGUCUCCUGGGAACCGCAGUGGCGGGCAAAGUAUCGGACAUUAUCGCACGAUUUAUGACCAGACGCAAUGGCGGCAUUUACGAACCCGAAUUCCGUCUCGUCAUGGCACUUCCCAUCGCUUUGUCAACUGUCAUCGGUCUGAUGGCUUUUGGUUGGAGUGCUGAGAUCGGCGACUCUUGGAUUGUGCCGACUAUCUUUUUUGGUUUGAUCUCGUUUGGUUGCUGCUUGGGCAGCACGACGGCCAUCACCUUUUGUGUAGAUAGUUAUCGCCAGUAUGCUGGUGAGGCGCUAGUGACACUGAACUUUAGCAAGAAUAUCCUCCACGGCCUGAUUUUCUCUCUUUUCAUCGUGGACUGGCUCGAUGCCGAUGGUUCACGCACCGUGUUCCUGUCUAUCGGCGGUAUCCAGCUUUUCUUCAUGCUCAUGUCGAUUCCCAUGUACAUAUACGGCAAACGAGCUCGCAUGUGGACGGUGCGUAAGCGUCUUAUGGAACGUCUUUAA